AUGACCACAAAAGGCAAUUUAAGUGCCUUUUCUAUUUCUGCAGUGGCUGCCUAUGAAGUUAUUCAGCAGGAAGCUCUGCAAAGGAUCAUUUCAACUCUGGCAAAUAAAAAUGAUGAAAUUCAGAACUUCGUUGAUACACUAAAUCAUACAUUAAAAGGAGUUCAGGAAAACUCUUCUAACAUACUUUCAGAUUUAGAUGAAGAAUUUGAUAGCUUGUACUCUAUUUUGGAUGAAGUAAAAGAAAGUAUGAUUAACAGUAUCAAGCAAGAACAAUCUCGUAAAUCACAAGAGUUACAGAAUCAGCUUAGCCAAUGUAAUAAUGCCCUGGAAAACUCUGAAGAACUACUAGAGUUUGCAACAAGGUCAUUAGAUAUAAAGGAGCCUGAAGAAUUUUCAAAGGCUGCCAGACAGAUCAAGGAUAGAGUCACAAUGGCUUCAGCCUUUCGCCUUUCUUUGAAACCAAAGGUCAGUGACAACAUGACUCAUUUAAUGGUGGAUUUCUCUCAGGAAAGACAGAUGCUACAGUCUUUAAAGUUUUUGCCAGUUCCCAAAGCUCCCGAGAUAGAUCCAGUAGAGUGUUUGGUGGCUGACAACUCUGUAACAGUAGCUUGGAGAAUGCCAGAAGAAGAUAAUAAGAUUGAUCAUUACAUACUUGAAUAUAGAAAAACUAAUUUUGAUGGACUUCCACGUGUAAAGGAUGAGCGAUGUUGGGAGAUAAUUGAUAAUAUUAAGGGUAUCGAAUAUACUUUAUCAGGCUUAAAAUUUGAUUCAAAGUAUAUGAAUUUCAGAGUGCGAGCUUGUAACAAAGCUGUGGCUGGAGAAUAUUCCGAUCCAGUGACCCUAGAGACCAAAGCACUUAACUUCAGUUUGGAUAACUCCUCAUCCCAUUUGAAUCUGAAAGUGGAAGAUGCCUGUGUAGAGUGGGAUCCUACUGGAGGAAAAGGUCAAGAAAGUAAAAUGAAAGGAAAAGAGAACAAGGGCAGUGUCCAUGUUACUUCACUGAAGAAACACAUGAGAAGUGGUACGCCAUCCCCCAAACGGACAUCUGUAAGCUCCAGGCCACCACCAGUAAGAGGCAGCAGAGACCGCUUUACUGGGGAAUCAUAUACAGUACUUGGAGAUACUGCUAUUGAAAGUGGACAACAUUACUGGGAAGUCAAGGCCCAAAAAGACUGUAAAUCCUACAGUGUAGGAGUGGCAUACAAAACUUUGGGGAAGUUUGACCAAUUAGGAAAGACAAACACUAGUUGGUGCAUUCAUGUCAACAACUGGCUACAAAACACAUUUGCAGCAAAACAUAAUAAUAAAGUCAAAGCUUUGGAUGUUACUGUUCCUGACAAAAUAGGUGUAUUUUGUGAUUUUGAUGGGGGUCAACUUUCUUUCUAUGAUGCAAACUCAAAACAGUUGCUCUAUUCCUUUAAGACAAAAUUUACUCAGCCAGUACUACCUGGUUUCAUGGUUUGGUGUGGUGGACUUUCUUUGAGUACAGGAAUGCAGGUUCCAAGUGCUGUGAGAACACUUCAGAAAAGUGAAAAUGGAAUGACUGGUUCAGCUAGUAGCCUGAACAAUGUUACUCAAUAAUACCUACUCAGAAUGUUUACCUCCUGUCAGUUGGGUGGCAUUUUCUGUGCAGUUACUAAUCACAGACGUUUGUGAGUGAUGGAAGUCAGGUUUGGCUAUGUGUUCUGCAUUAAGGUCUGGAAUCUCAGCUUAAGCAUCUAGUAUGAAGCACUUGCAGGAACCUACUGUGCAAUAUCAUAAAGUGAGCAAUUAUCAAGCAAGAAACUUAUGCUUUGAAGAGUCAAUGGGGCAAAAUGCAGUGUUUAAAUAUUCAUAUAGAAACCCAUUUUUAUGUUUCUUAAAUUACUUUGACUCUUCUAAUAUGUUUAAUUAUAUAUUCUAAUUCUAGGACCUGGAACAAAAGCUUUUAGAACUUGCUUUCCUUAUUCCUUAUGUUCUCUUUUCUGACUCGCCACUAUGUAUUAUUCAGUUCUUACAGUGAACUUUAAAAAUGCAUAAUCCCCUAAGGUUGUCUAAAAAUUGAAAUUAUCAGGGAUGAUAGAAAAGUUCUUAAAAUGGUUUUUUGCCUAUAAAUAAGCUGAGUUUUGCUAAACUGGCUUGUUUACCAUUUUCUCCUUUCCAGAAAAUGGUGAUAUUUCCCUUGUGGUUAUAAUUCAAAAUAGAGUGGGUAAGAAAAGUUUAUACACUUUAAAACCACCCAAAUUUCAGUUUUAUUUCUUCUGUACUUUCACAGCUUUAUAUAUUCUGACUUUGUUGUCUAGUUUCAUUCUACCUUUGAUAGUUUAUCUUUAGCCAGGUAUGGUGGCCCAUCCAUGGUUGUAAUACCAGCACUUUGAGAGGCUGAGGCAGGAGGUU